UAUGAUAUGUGAUAAAUAUUCGCUAUCUGUUACAGCUAGAAAUGAUCACAAACAACCCGACCCUAAAAAUUUGCAAGUUCACAAAUUCUCGCCCUUUCGGCCACCAUACAAUUCACAAUCUCGCGAUAUUACCAAACGGGAAGAAGAAAACUCAAAGCUACGAUGCUAACGGCUCGUUAGAUUCGCUCCAGGCUGGAUUGAGGAGGAGAUAUCUGCAUAUUGAUAAGGUAGGGUUUCCAGAGACACUGAGACUGGAUGGACUUCUUGCUAUCAUUCCAAACUAUCCACCUGGGUGGAUUUGAAGAUGUAGCAAAGGGUGAAGAGUGUCAUCUCUGCUGAACCAUUCCUGUCUGCACCUAACUGGUGACUGUUCACCUCCAUCCUACCUCUGGAGGCCAACUUCAGUGAGUCCGUCCUUGGCUGAAGACUCUGCUGUACUCAGCCAUGCUGUUCUCCCUGAGGGAAUUGGUCCAGUGGCUUGGCUUCGCCACCUUUGAACUCUUCCUGCACCUGCUAGCUUUGCUAGUUUUCAGUAUGCUGGUUGCUCUGCGAGCUGACAUGUUAACGCCCUCACUGAGCUGGUGGCUGGUGUUCGUCCCGCUGUUUGCUGCUGAUGGCCUCAGCACCUACUUCACAGCCAUCGUGUCCAUCCGUCUUUACCAGGAAAAUGAGAAGCGUCUGGCUGUGCUGCGGCUCCUCUGGGUGCUGACAGUGCUCAGCUUGAAGCUGGUGUGUGAGGUUCUGCUGUGCCAGAAGCUAGCCGAGCAGGAGCAAGCCAGAGACCUGUGGUUUGGCCUCAUCGUUUCGCCGCUGUUCAUCCUGCUGCAGCUGCUGAUGAUCAGAGCAUGCCGUGUCAACUGAGGAGAGCAGUUAUGGUUGUACUUUCACUUCACCGUCAACACAGGAGAAGAGCGCAAGCUUCAUCUGCCAUUAGAGAUUUAAAGCAUAAAAAUGGUGUCAUUUUUCUUUCAGCUCAUUGACCUCUUCUUCCCCACUUCUCUCACAUUUCAUGUCUUAGUUACCACAGUACAGCUUUUUAUUUGUGUUUCUAAGAGCUUUAUAGUGAACAGAAUUUUCUCAUUGCUCACAGUUAUGAUGCAGUAUUCCUAAAAGCAGCAGACAAUCUCCACUAUGUGUUGCUCAAUCUGUAAUACUUAGUUUCGAGAUAAGUAAUGGCGCAUUCACAUAUGUACCUGGGUUGGGGCUUUCUUCAAUAGCUGUGACCCCUUAGUUCCAAUCAAGUGAAAUCUGCUAAAGAAUACAGGAAGAUUUGAUCAACGGUAUGCUUCAAGCAUUCUGACAAUGUUAGUCUUACAGGGGGACUUAGAGAAUCUGACUAGCCUGCACAGAGUCCGGAAUGAGAUCAAUAUUUUGAAUAAUCUGUAACAUAGACUCUGUACAGGGUCAUAUUACACAACGUCAGUGUUACAAGUCUUGCAGCUGAACUGGAGCAAAUCCUUGCAGCCAAAUUCCAAAGGAAAGCCCAGCCAGAAAAGCGGAAGCUCAUAUAAUAUUAAGGAAAGCAUUAUUGUUUUGAAAGGAGGCAAUUUUGGCUUUAGCGUAAACAUACUGCCUGGCACUAUACCUGCUACAGUGCACCUUUAGUUGAUUCUGAAGACAUGAAACAUUAUAUGACUUUAAUAAUUUCACUGUUGUCCAAAUUCUUCACAUUCAUCAGGAUGGAUUAUGGCGAUAUGUUUUUGAUACUUUUGGGAAUGCAAAAAAUCAGGGCAGUGGGACAUGAUGCCUGUCUGAGUUGUGCAAUCGAUGGAAGUCAAUGAGCCAUAAGAAAAAUGUAUGCCAAGGUUAUGUUCAAUGCACAUGUACAAAAAACACAUGUAGAGUUAAAAAGCUGGCAAAACAUAAGGCUGAACUUCCUGCUGCACCUUUCUGGGAUCCGUCAUGGUUCGAAGAGCCGACAAAGCUGCUGCAGCUCUGUUGCUUUUUUCAUAAAAGAAGACACUCCUUUCCAGCUAAAUGAGAAUUUAUCAAGUCGUGUUUCACUUUGUUGCCUGGUUCUGGAAGUGUUGCUCACAUAAUUUCUCCUCUACGUUGCCAGGUUUGUCAAUUCAACCCUAAACGAUAGCUGCUUCUGAAACGUAUUGUCAGCUCCAAGUCUCACCCCAGUGUUGAGGAACUGAAUGUGAUAUAAACAAGCAGUCAGUUUUGUGCACAUAUGUUCAUUCAAUAUUGCUGUUUAUAUGUAAAAUAUGUAAUGUAUUUGACUUGUGUUCGAUGCUUCCUUGUAUAUGUACUGCAUGUCUGUAAGAUAAUUCCCAAGUGUGAUAUGUAUAUGUCAUUUUUAAAAGAAAUUCACCAAAUCUUAUUUAUGUUCUUGUUAAGGUGUCAUUAUUUUCACGUAAUUUGCAUAUAAAUGUGUGAAUAAACCAUCAUUAUUUAA